CUUGUCUUCAUGGCACUAGUAGUAACAAGAGACAUUGCUUUGGUCUUGUUCGAGUGGCCACAAACUUUAUCUAAAAUGUAUAUGGAAUGCCGUUACUUGUAAUACUAUACGAGCGGCGUCUUUCUUAAAUUAAUUUGUUUACACUGCCACAGUCACUGGGGACCGACGAGGUCUGAUAUCGAGACCGAAAGCAGUGAGAUACAGCCUCUCCCAAAGGUCAGUAUGAGGGUCACCGGAAGUUUAAACCGAGGCUUUAUUGGCCGAAGCAUCGAUGAACUGCAGAGAUACUCAAGACUAGCAUUAAAGGGUGAAGCUGUUAGGCUUCCCACGGCUCCUUACGUUUUGAAGACUUUCGAUAGCCCAGAAGAAACCGCGGCAUGUAAAGUUAUGUCCGACGCUGAUAUGGGUGGAUUCACCAAAGCCAAUCUCGAUUGGAACCCACCCGACGUCUCCUCGAGUUCCAAGUCAACAAAUAACUCUCGAGGGUAUGCAAGGUUCCACGGCAACAUAUCAAUUGAUCUUCCAGCAAACAAACCUCAAAUUCAACGCACCGGCUAUGCUGCUUGGAGGACUCGGGACAGGCCACCAACGAUCUUCGGAAAAAGCCUCUGGGACAUCGACCCAUACACAUACUUGGCGAUGCGUAUAAAGUCUGAUGGGCGGAAGUACUUUGUCAACCUACAAACAGAAUCAAUUGUACCGAGCGAUAUACACCAGCACAGGGUCUAUGCUCGAAAACCGGGAGAAUGGGAAACUGUUCUCAUUAAGUGGAAUGAUUUCGUUCGCACCAACCAUGGAACCGUAAUGGAACCACAAACGGAACUAAUGCGCCAAAAGGUGAGAACGAUUGGCAUUGGUUUAAUAGACCGAGUGCCAGGAAAGUUUGACAUUUCUGUUGAGAGCAUAUGGGCAACAAACAAUGCCACUAUGGACGAUUCUAUUGAAGAUGGGGGAUUAGAGGAAGGCCAAUUGAAGAGCAAACAUGGCGCGAAUAUCAGAUGGAAUGGCAGUAAACCUUUGUAGCUUAGCCCUUGUACAAUAAUAAGAACGGGUGAUAUCGAGCAUCUAUGAUCACCCAGGAAGACGAAGACCUAGGCCCAUAUACACCAC